UUCAACUCCAUGAAGAAGUUAACACUCCAAGGCCUGGCACAGUGCGGUGUUGCAGUUUUGACGGUGGUGUACAUUCUUACCAUCAUUCGAACAGUAGAGCACAGAUUGUUUAUGAAGAAGAAUCACAAGGCUCUUCGUCAGUGUCAAGACCACAUGGAAUCGUUCGGACAUCUAAAUUUCUACUGGAACUACCUUGCAUACGACCUGCUGGACCACAUGAUCACGGAAUUGGCCAAGAAACAUACGUUUUUCCAGAGCAUUGCUGGUGAGAUGGCUGUCUACAAGAAAAGAUCUGCAGGUGUUCAGGAAAUUCACACCAUUGGUGUUGUUCUGUGAAGCUGAUCCUCGCAUACUGGAUGAAUAUCAUCCAUACCAAGUCUAAAGAAGUAUAAAUGGCACUUUC